CCAUUCGUCCAAGCACCGUUGGAAUGUUGCUAAAGCAGGGCCAAUGAUUUGGACAUGACCGUUCUUGAUCCAGCCUGGAGCAAAACCAGUGGCAUUCUGACACAGAGCCGCUGUUAGACACUUAGCUUCAGGAUGGCCAAUCAUGAAAUGCAGACAGUCCGUCCCCUAGACGCCGCAAGCAAGCAGUUUCAAGAUAUUCUGAGCGGCAUUGCAAGCCUCCUCGCUAGUAGCUGGCUAGCAGGCCAGCUGACGAGCGUCUAUGGCCAGUCCCUGCCAGGCCAGAGGGCUUUCAAGCACGGCCGCUGGAAGCGCAGGAAGGACGGCACCCUUGUCUAUGUCUGCUUGACAAAGAAGGAGCUGAGCGUAUCGACGGUGGGAGUGCGGGAUCAAGAGUGCGGGGACUAUGCCCUGUACUUGAUGUACAGUCUGACUAGUCUGCACAGCCUGAGAAUGGCUAGGAGGUUCUUGCCUCUGACGCGCAGGCCUGAGCAGAGGCCGGAGGAUGCAGUGCUGCAGAACCUGUACGGGUAUCGGCUGCCGUGGCGAUCAAUGAGGCACGCGAUCAAACGCUACAAUGCUCUGUACCUGAUCUCCCGCAUUCGAGCCACGGAGAAGAGCAAGCGCGACGCGAGGUUGAAGCGGAAGCGCGUCAAAGAGCUCCGGGCAGCAACAAGCGAGGCUCCUCUCAAGUCGGGCAAACUUGAGCCCGGUUUGCUCCCUGUCGCCGUCCCCUCUCGCCCCCUGUGUCCGACUAUCCGGCACCGAGUAAUUACUGUGGUCACAACGGCGGCCCUGCCCUGGCUGACUGGAACGAGCAUCAACCCCCUCCUGAGAGCGGCGUACCUGGAACGACUGGAACACGUUAAAGUCAAUCUCAUGAUUCCCUGGCUCGAGGCUGCCGACCAGCGCAUCGUCUACCCUCGGGACCAGGUCUUCGCCACCCCCGCCCUCCAAGAGACCCACAUCCGCGAGUGGCUGCUCAACCGGCUAAAUCUCGACGUCCACUUCCGGAUUGUCUUCUACCCAGCCCGCUUCGACGCCGAGAAGAACAGCAUCUUUCCUUGCGGGGGGUUCGACCUGACGCCCCUGAUACCGGAAGCGGAGGCGGACAUUGCGGUGCUGGAAGAGCCGGAGCAUCUCUGCUGGUACCACUUUGGUCCCAAGUGGCGCCAGGUGUUCAGGCUCGUGAUCGGGGUUAUUCACACCAACUACGUGGAGUACGUCCGGCGGCAGCCGGUGGACAAGGGCGGCGGCCCGGUGCUCGCGUUCCUGCUCUGGUUCGUCAACGUGUGGAGGACACGUGCCAACUGCCACGUGGCCAUCCGCCUCUCGGAGGGCGUGCAGUUUUACUUCGACGCCGUCGUGUGCAACGUCCACGGCGUUGCGCCCCAAUUUCUGACCGUCCACGAGCACCUGACGGAUUCCGGUCGUCCAAAGGUCGGAAUUGCGCCGGAAUCCGCGGUUGCUGACGGUUCAGAGACUGCGGGGGAAAGUGUCGUCCUUGCAAACGGAGACGGGCGGACUACGGGAGAAGAGAUUGAGGACCGUGGAGCGCCCCUCGUGUUUGACAAGGGGUGCUACUUUAUUGGAAAGAUGCUUUGGGCGAAAGGAUACCAAGAGUUGUGCGACCUGCUCCUUGACUACUGCAAGCGGCAGAGGGGGGAGGAGCCCUCCCCCCUAGAGGAAAAGAAGCGGCGAUUCUUGAGGCUCCCAUUCAGGCUACGGCCCGUUGAAACCAAGCGGAGGGGCGGGACAGGCCUGUAUGAGAGAGAUAGAAAGAUCGGUCUUGAAGCGGUCCGGAUUCCAAGCGGGGCCGGACGGACGGUAGAAAUGAACGGUAUUCACGCCACGAACGAGGGCGGCCUUUUGGAGACCCCCAAGGAGGAGAGUGACGUCAGCAGAGGCGGAUGGAAUGAAGUUAGCGAGACCAGGGCGUUCAUCAGCCAGUACCCUAGCGAGACCGACGAACCAGACAGCCCCCUGAGCCGAGCGUCCAUUGACCCCGCCCUCGCGCAGGCCGCCGAUCAGGCGUCUCGGGUGUCGCAGGAUGACGUCAUGCGGGGGCCACGUGGCCAAAACGGGGCCCGGAGGCACUCGCUCAAGGCGAAGUUUGAUAGCGCAACGACGCCGGCCGAGGCGGCCGCCGUCAUAAGGGGGCUGGGGAAGCAGGGCCCCCGGAUACAUUAUGCCGAGAGUCUUAGUCCCCCCUCAUACAAGUCGGCGGCUGAUCAUAGCACUGCUUUCAAGGAUGCUGACGUCAUAGACGACGGCCAAGUGCCAACAAUUCGGCCGCGCGUUCAUACUCUGGAGGACGACGCAAGCGGCCCUGGUGGGAAUGCGUCUACACAGGGUGUGAACGCCCCUCAUGCGGGAGUGAACAGGCCCGUCGUGGGUGUGUCCGGGCUUCAACGGCGUGUGAACGGGCUUGAGAUCGGUGUGAACGGGCUUGAGGCAAAUCUGAACGGACUCGGGAGCGACUCUCCGAUCAAAGUGCGCCUGAGCGUGGAGACUGACGGGGCCACUUUCGGGGAGCAGCACCAGAGUAAGCUGGGUUCGCACGAAGAUGGGGGUCGAAAGGUGGGGCAUGUCGCCGGCUCGCGUGCAAACGGCCUGGUAAAGGACGCGGCUAUGACGUCAGCGGACGUCAGCGGGCCGCCCAAGGGUGAACGGGCGACGAUCCACGUGGACUGCUACGGGACUGGUGGCGAGGAGGAUGAGAUUAUUGGCUUCGCAACUGAGAAUGCUCUCCCGGUCACGUUCCAUGGACGGCGCGACCACGCGCACGCGUCCCUGUGGGGCUACAAGGUGUUCGUGAACCCCAGCUGCAGCGACGUGCUGUGUACCACCACCGCCGAAGCGUUGGCGAUGGGCAAGUUCGUCGUGAUCGCCGACCACCCGUCCAACAUCUUCUUCGCGCAAUACUUCCCGGAGAACACCAUCCUGUACGACCCCGAUGUUCCAGAGGAGUUUGGCGCGGCGCUUCAGCGAGCGCUUGAGGGCCAUCCGGCGCCGCUUUCACCAGCACAGCGCAGGAUGCUGACGUGGGAGGCCGCGACUGAGCGUUUCAUGUCCGUUGCGAAGCUGCUUUGAGGCGAGGAGCUUAUGGUAAAGAGCAUGUAAAGGUCAAGGUUCUACUUCUUUGAGUGUAUCUGUGUCUGAGAAUGCAUAACUAAUGGAUUCAAAACGUGUUGCCAAUAUAGUAGAUCUGGA